CUAUGGUUUAAAUCUGAUUCACUCUAUAAAACGUCACUUUUAAACCUAGCCUGUAAUACUCCGAGUAUUACAUAUAGGCUCUAAUAUUGUAAUUCAUCAUCAAGCGGCGUAAAGUUACAGAAUCGAUUGCGUGCCAAGUGCAUCAGCGAGAAUUGUUAAUAAUUUUUUGUUUAUAGGAACCCUCAGUUUUAAUUUAAUCUAGUCAAAAAAUGGCCCUGUACGAUAAUCAACACUGGCUUUUAUCACACAUCAGAGAUAGUUUUAUAUCUACAGAUGACACAGGUAUAUGCGAAAUGGUAAUGCUUGGAGAAGAUUUGCCUAAACAGUUAAAAACAAGCGGGAUGCUACAGAGUUAUCCUGGAAUGGAUGACAGCGACGAGGACAUGGAUGCAAUGGCCGAGUCUUAUGACAUCCAAAUGGACAUGGAGUUUGGACACAGACAACGUUCUAAUACCGCUCAACGUUUGGAGAAGAUGGACAUAGAGAGGAAGAAAGCAUCUAAAGUUAAACAUAUUAAAUGGGAGUACAAUCCAGGACUAGUCUCCUCAAUGGAUCACUCAGAAUUGUUCCAAAAAAAAAUUCUCCCCAAAAAAGAAGAUAAAGUUGUUAAAAGAUAUUCGUUAUUAUCUGAACAACUGGAGAAAUGUCCAAAUCUCCCACAAAAUGCUUUUACGGAUUAUGCCAAAUUUGAGGGAAAUGCCCAAGUUGGAGGUCCCGCACGAAAAUAUAGAAUAUUUAUGUCUAUGCUUCCUAAAGAUCAGCGAGCGUAUCCUCUGCAGACUAUUGUUCUUGUCACGGCCAAAGUACAAGAGUUUAUUGGCUUAAUAUGCUACAAAUAUGCCAGUGAACAUCCUGACCAUCCAUUGAAGGAUGACAUCACAAAAUAUGGAUUAUAUCUUUGCGAGGAUGACGGGGAGAUAGACUGGGACUUUCCCUGUUUGGAUCCAAGAGAAACUAUUUCGAAGUUCAAAUUUACGACUUUGGCUCUACAUGAGAUGAAACCAAGUGACAGAGCUAGACAUAACACAGUGAUAACUACAGAACUACAAGAUGAGGAAGAUCUUAUUAGAAAAGACAAAGAACAAGAAGCAGUUGCUGAAGACCUGGCCAAAAUGGAAGGUCACACUACAGCCAUGGAAGCUCCUCUGUAUCAGUUAUACAGGGUCUACAUAAUUAAUAAAGUGAGAGCAAAGACUGAAAUCCACCUUGGCAUCUCGGGGGAGAAAAUUGAAAUUGAUCCAGUUAUUACUGGUAAAGGUGCAGGAAGAUUUUGGAAUCGCCAACGAGCCAUUAGUUAUCACAUCGAUAACAUUGCGUGGUGUGAAGUUACAGAGAAUAAGGGAAUGAAAACGACUUUCACAAUAGUUUAUACUCCGCAUUCUACAUCCCUGGAUGGAUUGACUGUCUCAUCCAAACAUACACAUUCUCUUCAUCAGUCAGCAUCGUUCAAGAGUCAUGAUUUCGAAGCCAAGUCAGCUACAGCUGAAGAAAUCGUCCGUAAAAUUAACCACAUAUUAGAAUUAAGGAGUAGUGCUUCAAGGAAAGAAUUUUUGGCACAGAGAGAACGUAAACCAGCUAGGAGAAAAAGUUUUCAUUUACAUAGAUGACAACUUCAGUGGCUGAUUUUUUCUCUCCUGAAGAUCUUGAAGAAUUAAAGUAUUUUACUGAGCGAAUAAGCACGGAAAAGCAGAAACAUACUUAAUUGAAUGGCUGUCAUGUUGCAAUAUAGUCAAAGUAUGUUAUUGACCAAGCUUGUUUGCUCUUCAAAGAAUUCUGUUAUAUAUUUAUUUUGUCAUUGGUAUUUGUGAUACUGUUCACUCAAAUAUUGGUAAUGUUGAAAAGCAACAUAAUAAAGAAGUUCAGUAUAUCCCCGAGUAUACAAAUGUACAUUAAAUAUACUUAUCGAUUAUAAAGUUAA